UUUUUUAUUUUUUUGCAUAUAUACAAGGCGGUCGCUGGCUCCUGCAAUAUAAGUCGAUCUGCUUGGGGGACAGAUCGGCCUCAACAAUCAAUCAAUCAUGGAGAAAGAAUCGACCCAUGUUGACUGGGGAGGGGUUUUCUGGUUUAGCUGGUUUUCCUUCGUGAUUGGAGUUGGUGCAGGCGUGCUCCUGCUCGCCCUCAUCAACGCGUUCAGGAGUUCCUACUGGGACGUCUACUCCCUCGAGCUCACCGGCAUCGACGGCCGUGGCCAGCCGGCGGGGCUCAGCGCCCUGGCGUUCAACGUGACCCUGCACGCGGAGAACAGGCGGACGAAGUGGGUGGGCAACAGCUUCAGCGAUGGGAAGGUGGUGGUGUCCUACGCGGGCGUCGCGGUAGCGGAGGGCCGCGUGCCGGGCUUCAGCGUCGGGGCGAAGAGCGCGGCGGAGGUGGAGGCGGUGGCGCUAGGCGGCAAAGCUGCAGGCGUGGCGGACGCCGUGAGGAGGCGCGUGGAGGCCGAGCUGCGCUGGGACUCCGCGGAAUUCGACGUGGAGGCCAAGCUGUUCCGCAGCGGCGUCGGCCAGCAAGGUGGCCCCGUCGUGCUGUGGUGCAAGGUUGCAUCGCGUGUACUGCAUCAGCCGUCACGGUGCAGGACCUUCACCGACUUCAUGACUAGGGCAGACCAGGAGUUUUGACCGAUCUGCGUGCGUGCAGCACGAAUUCCCAGCGUAUGCGUCUGUUAUUUUCAUAUUCAUAGUUUUCUUCAAGAAAAGUAUGUUCUUGGUUCUUAAGUUUCUCAAAAGUAUAGACUUUCGCUUAAGAUUUUUAGGUAUAUAUUUGGCCUUUUUAAGUCUCAAAACCGGAUAAGUUUGGUUUAAAACCAGAUUUUGAGCAUGUUGACCAGGGUUUGAGCAGGUUUGAUUGAUAAACAGUAAAUUCAAAAAAUAGCAAAAAAUUUAUAAAAAAAACUGAAAUUUUGUGACAACAACAUGCUUGGGUGCGUUUGGUGCGUGUAAAUAGUUGUGGUCAAAUAACAUCCGAUGAGCUCUAUAAAAAAACAAACAAAUUUUGCCUUCUUUGUGAGCCAAAAUUAGUUUUUUUUUUGCCACGAACUCCUCGGAUGUCGAAAUACCACACAAAUUUUCACGCACCCGAGCAUCUUGGUUGCCACAAAAUUUUAGAGUUUUUUUUUGUUUUUUUGUUUUUUGCUAUUUUUUGAAUGUACUAUUCAUCAAUCAAACCUGGUCAACAUGGUCGUGGUCAAACCCUCUCAACGUGCUUAAGAUCUUGUUUUGGACCAAACUUUAGUUUUGAGACUUGAAGGACCAAAUGUAUACCAAAAAAUCUUGAGGGACCAAGUCUAUACUUUUGGGGAACUCGAGGGACCAAAAACAUUUUUUUUUCUUUUUCUUUAGGGGAAUAUGGGGUGCUUUAUUCAGAUAAAAUAGCUCCAGAAUCUGCUAUGAGGCUUGUUACAAGAAAACUACUCUCUCCGUCCCAUAACAUAAGACUUUUUUGAAAAUACACUAGAGUCAAAAAAGGUCUUACAUUAGUCAAAAAAGUCUAAAAUUAACGUCUUACUAUAUGACAGAUGGGGCCCGCCAGGCAGGCUGACGUGGCACUACUUAACAUCUCAGAUUUAACGGCAACGUUUGGUAAUGUGUGGCCCUAUGGGGGUCCACCUGUCAUUGGAAGGGAAAAAAGAGAAAAAAUUGGUUUUAGCCCGACUAGCGGGCCCCAUCUAUCAUAAAUACGCUUAACCGAGCUAAAGCCGCCGAUCAAUGUUAUUUGCAAAAAAGAUUACCGUAGACAUAGUGUUUUUUGCCAAAAAAAAUGUAAACUCGUGUUUUCUGCUAAUCUAGCCUUCAACAUGAUGGUUUUGUGCAAUUUACUGCCACACCGAACAAGUGGCCAAAAAAGCGAUGGGAAGGGGAUAAGCCGUAAGGAGAGGGGCCACCGGUCCACUCAAUGACGCGCCUCAGGUAUACGUGGC